AGCACGAGCACUGGGAGAGGCCGGGCCUGUCUGAGGACCGUCCAGCUCCCGCUCUGUCGCCUCCUCCCCGCCACCGCCUCCCGCUGCCGUGAGAGGGGCUCCCAGGCCAGGCCAUGGCGCUCGCUCGGCUCUUCUGGUUGUGGCUGCUGGUCGCAGGGACCCAAGGUGAGAACGAUGGUGACAUGCGGCUGGCCGACGGGGACGCCGCCAACCAGGGCCGCGUGGAGAUCUUCUACCAAGGCCAGUGGGGGACUGUGUGUGACAACCUGUGGGACCUGCUGGACGCCAGCGUCGUCUGCCGGGCCCUGGGAUUCAAGAACGCCACCGAGGCCCUGGGCCGAGCCGCCUUCGGGCCAGGAACCGGCCCUGUCAUGCUGGACGAGGUGCAGUGCGCGGGCACGGAGCUCUCCCUGGCCAACUGCUCGUCCCUGGGCUGGCUGACCAGCAGGUGCGGGCACAGCCAGGACGCCGGCGUCGUCUGCAGCAACGAAACCAGAGACGCCCACACCCUGGACCUGUCCAGCGAGCUGCCCGCGGCUCUCGCGGGGAUCUUUGACAGCCAGCGGGGCUGCGACCUGUCCAUCGUGGUGAAGGCGCAGGACGGUGAGGACACCCGCAUGUGCGCCCACCGGCUGGUCCUGGCCAGCAACCCCGAGGCCCAGGCCCUGUGGAAGGAGCCGGGCAGCCUGGUCACCAUGGCGGUGGACGCCGAGUGCCUGCCUGUGGUCAGAGACUUGGUCAGGUACUUCUAUUCCCGAAGGGUGGACGUCUCCCUGUCCAACGUGAAGUGUUUCCACAAGCUGGCCUCCGCCUUCGGGGCCAAGCGGCUGCAGCGCCACUGUGCGAGCCUCUUCGCCGUGCUCCUCCCCCAGGACCCCUCCUUCCAGACCGCCCUGGACCUGUACGCCUACGCGCUGGCCUCCCGGGACCCCGUGCUGGAGAGCCUGUGCGUGCAGUUCCUGGCCUGGAACUUCGAGGCCCUCACCGGGGCCGAGGCCUGGCUGCGCGCCCCCACAGCCCUGCUCCGCGACCUGCUCUCCAGGAGCGAGCUGGCCGUGCCCAGCGAGGUGGCCCUGCUGAUGGCCGUGGACGCCUGGAGCCAGGAGAGGGGAGCCAGCCGCGGGGACGUGAAAGGGCUGCUGGAGAAGGUCCGCUUCCCCAUGAUGCCGCCCGAGGACCUCUUCCAGCUGCAGUUCAACCUGAGCCUGUACUGGAGCCACCGCGAGCUCUUCCAGACGCGGCUCCUGCAGGCGCUGGAGUUCCACACCGUGCCGCUCUGGCUGCUGGCGCAGCACAGGGCUCUGAACCUCACCGAGGACGCCUACCGGCCCCGCCUGUACACCUCCGCCACCUGGAGCUCGCCCUUGGAGGAGAGCUCGCGAGACACCAACAGCUAUGAUUAUUACCCCUCCUACAAAUAUGGUUAUUACACCCCCUACCCACGUAACCAGUACCAGUCCUUCGAGACCCCCGCGCACCCCAGCUUCCUCUUCCAGGCCCGCCGCGUCUCCUGGUCUCUCUUCUACCUGCCCACCGUCCAGAGCUGCGGGAACUACGGAUUCUCCUGCUCCUCCGACGAGGUCCCCGUCCUGGGCCUCUCCAACUCGGGCUACUCAAACCCCACCAUCGGCUACGAAAAUAAAGCCCUGAUGCUCUGCGGGGGGCGCUUCGUGGCCGAUGUCGCCGACUUCUGGGGCGGGAAGGCCACGGUCCCCAGCGCCCUGGACAGCAAGAGCUCCAGGAGAACCUCCUUCUUCCCCUGCCCGGAAGGGCCCUUCAGCAAAUUCCGAGUGGUCAUCCGCCCCUUCUACCUGACCAACUCCUCCAGCCUGGACUAGACGCGAGGCUGCCCCGCCCUCACAGACGGCAGGAGGGCGGAGGAGCGAGGCCCCGCCCCCAGAGCCCAGCCCAGCUCCUCCCUCUCUCGCCUCCCGCGACCGGCCUCCAGGGGUCCCCCUGCCUCCGCUGAUCUCUCCGAGCGCAAAGACACGGCUGGGCCUGCCAGGAAUCUCCGGCUCUCCCGCUGCCCGGCCCGCUGCGAGUUGGGAAGCUACAAGAGGAGCAGUGGAGUGUCCGUUCCCCCCUGCCCCGACUUCCCACGCUGCUUUUCGCUCACUCGUUGUCCCUUUCGACAAUCGAUCAUUAAAAUCGCGUCAUGGUC